CUCAAACAAUCCACUCUGGCGCCACCCCACUCCCUAUUCCAAUUUCAAUACAAGCAUGGCUCUGCUUGCGUUGAUCUCCUUUCUACUCUCUCAUCUCAAGCUUGCCGACAUCGGCGUCGGCAUGCUCAUUCUCUUUCUCUCCAGCUCAGCCAUACAAUGGCUGACAGGCAAGGGUCCCAUGCAAUGGCCACUCCUCGGCAACAUGCCCUCCUUUGCCGUCCACAUUCACCAUGUCUACGAUUGGGGCACCCAAACCCUCGUCAAAGCAGGCGGCACCUUCCCCUUCCGCGGCGUGAUGUUCGCCCGUUUCUACGGUGUCGUCACCGCCGACCCCUCCAACCUCGAGUAUAUCCUCAAAACAAACUUCUCCAACUUCCCGAAAGGCCGCUACUACCGCGAGCGCUUUGUGGAUUUCCUCGGCGACGGCAUUUUCAACGCCGAUGACGCAGUGUGGAGAGACCAGCGCCGCGCCGCCACCGCCGAGAUGCACACCUCGCGCUUCGUCGAAUACUCUGCUGACACCAUUCGUGAACUUGUGUACCAGAAGCUACUCCCACUGCUCCGCCGGCUAGCCGAAAACUCCACCGUCGUCGAUCUCCAAGACGUGUUCCUGCGGUUCACGUUUGACAAUAUCUGCACGGCGGCUUUCGGGGUGGACCCUGGCUGCCUCGCUGCUGACUUACCGGAAGUUCCGUUCGCGAAGGCGUUUGAGGAGGCCACGCGGUUUACCCUUUUUCGGUUCCUGGUGCCGCCUCCUGUUUGGAAGAUUAUGAAGGUGUUGGACGUGGGGACAGAGAGGAGGCUCAGGAUUGCUAUCCGUUCCGUACAUGAGUUCGCGGAAAAAACGGUACGAGACCGCAAGGCUGAUCUUAGCUUUAACGAACGAUCGGAUUUGCUGUCGAGGCUGAUAAGUAGCGAGCAAGGAUUCUCUGACAAGUUUCUUAAGGACUUUUGCAUUAGCUUCAUACUGGCAGGGAGAGAUACUAGUUCGGUGGCGCUAGCAUGGUUCUUUUGGUUACUCUACAAGCACCCUCGCGUGGAGCGCAAGAUUCUCGCAGAGAUAUUGGCGAUAAUAAAGCAGAGGGGAGUCGCUGCAGCGGGUUUUGAAUUGGACGAGGUUGUGUUCACCGUUGAUGAGGUGAAGAGGAUGGAUUAUCUUCAAGCGGCGUUGACGGAGUCUUUACGGCUUUAUCCGUCGGUGCCGUUGGACUUUAAGCAGGCGUUGGAAGACGACGUGUUGCCGGAUGGGACGAGGAUAAGGAAAGGCGGAAGGGUAAUAUACUUGAUAUACGCUAUGGGGAGGAUGGAAGGGAUAUGGGGGAAGGAUUGUAUGGAGUUCAGGCCGGAGAGGUGGUUAAAGAAGAGUGUUUUUACAGUGGAGAACCCGUUUAAGUAUGUUGUGUUUAAUGCUGGGCCGAGAUUGUGUGUGGGGAAGAAAUUUGCGUACAUGCAGAUGAAAAUGGUGGUGGCGGCGAUGCUGCUGAGGUAUAAGGUGGUGGUAGAGGAAGGGCAGGAGGUGGUGCCGAGGUUGACGACCACGCUUUACAUGAGGGAUGGACUUAAAGUGACAGUGGAAAGAAGGAAGGAAUGAAACUGAGCAUGAAUAAGCGUAGAUCAUGUUUCAGAAAACAGCACAAAAAAAGGAUGGGUCAAGAUGACUAGUGAAGACCAUUCUUGAAUGCGAGGUAGCCUCUCUGGAAUUAAUGAGCUAUUUAUUAAUCAAGGUUGACUGUGUUGUUAGUUUAUAGCUUGUCUUCAUGUGAAACUGUAAAGAUGUGAAUGAAAAUAGCGAGAGUAGGGAGAAGCUUAAAUAUGCAUAUCGCAGUUGAAUAAAGUUGAGUGCUUUGA